AUGGACGACCCGAGUCCUAGCCGAGUGAAGCAGCUCGCGUCUCGAUUCGAGCCGCAGCUGUCUAAGGUGCAGCGUAUCGCCUCCAUGUUCGAAUGCGAGCCGCCGUCGCCGUCCACGGCAAUCUCCCUAUCACGCCGCGUCGGCGGCAACAGCACCGCCAAAAUUCAGUACAAGCGAGUCCAAUCCGACCGUCCAAGUCCAACCGGCGAUUCCCAGCAGUCCGUCAGACGACAGUCAAUUCCCUCCCCGAGAACAGUCGAAACUCCUGCCUUGCAAUACGACCCUGCCGAGGAAUCCUUCGGCGGCGGAGAGCAGUUGACGGAGGAGCAGUUGGCGGAGGAGGGGUUGGACGGGAUGAGCAUGGAGGAGAUGGAAGCGCUUUGCGAGAUCAUGGCGCUCGAGGAGUCGCGCGCCCGCGCCGAGCGCAUGGAAGCGCUGGGCUACGAGGUGGCGGGCGGGGAGGGGCGCGAGGAGUACCGCAAGGAGGGGGAUGGUGGGGAGGGCGGAUGGUGGCAGGUGGGGUACAGCGACGGGCGCGCGGGUGGAGAGGGGAGCGGUGGUGGGGAAGCGGAAGGCGGGGGAACAGGAGGCGUGGAAGGGGUUGCAGUGGUUAUUGGGGAUGACGAAGAGGGUGACAGUAAGGAGGGGGGCUCGGUGGGCUCCUUGAUUCGAUCCAUCGAGGGACUCCCCAAGCAGAGCAAACAGCAACCUCAGCCCAUCUCUCCAGAAAAAACGCCAGGCAAAUCGCGCAAGUCGUCGGGCGGAAAGAAGAGCAGGGAGAAGCGGAGAGGCGAGCCAGGGGGUGCGGACACCGUCGCGGGAGCGAUUGAGCGGUUCAGCGGCAGCGGAAAAGACCCUGAGCGGGUUUCAACGUCCCGAAUGACGCUUUCCACGUCAGAACCGUCGCUCGCUCGCGCUGCUGCUGGCGCGACCGCGGGGAAUCGGCGCUAUGGCCUGGCAAAUGGCGGCCCUCUGGAAGACAGGGCGGUGGGAAUGGCGGGUGGUGGAGCAGGGAGGAGCUCUGCGGGACUGAGUGGGGAGUUUCCUCUUGAGCUCUCGUCCAGUCCCUCUGUCUCUGUUGUCGAUGCUGAGCUGUCAAGGAAGAAGACUGAGGUGGCACGAUAUGAAACUGAGCUGGCACGGCGCCGUGCUGAGCUGAACCGACUCAGAGUUGAGCUGGCGAGUGUGAGCGUGGAGAAGGUGCAAGCGGAAAUCGCCCUGACUCGGCUAAAACAAGAAGUAGAGGACUGGUCGUAUGUCCCCGCGGAAGGGACAGGACAGGGAGGAAACGAAGCGGAUGAGGCAGGGGAAACAGGCGAAAACGGGGCGUCGGAUUUAAAGAAAGAUGGGGACGGAGGAAGAAGCGAGGAGUCUUCCUCUUCUGCCCAGUUGAAGGCGCAACUGGGGAAGGUGAGGCUAGAGAAUGAGCGGCUGAAGCGGCGAGAGAAGAGCCUCACUGCUGACGUGGAAUACAUCGAAACCAUGCUGGCGCAGGAGAAGGGCGAGUCAGCAGCGCUGCGGCGUGAGCUGGCGGAGGUCAAACAGCAGCGAAAAGAUCUCGACAAGGAGCUCUCAGCUGCCCAGAAAGAACUCUCCUCCCUCAGACGAUCAGCAGCAGUGGCAGAACGGCGGGCAGCAGCAGAGGAAGCAGACGCAGCGCUGCUGCGGCAGCAGCUGCAGAAGGCACAGGCAGCAGAGAUGGGGCUGCUGGAGCAGCUGCAGCUGGCGACGAAGGAGGCGAUGGGGCUGCGGAAGACGCUGGUGUGGAGCAAGGAGACGCGCGAGGACGCGGAGGAGUGGGAGCGCGGGCUGCAGGGCACGCUGGCUGAGCAGGUGCAGCGGAAUGGCGAGCUGGAGGUGAAGGGCGGCGAGAUGAUGACGCGGCUGCUGGUGCUGGAGAAGGAGCUCGCUGAGGAGCAGCAGCGCCGCAGUGCUGCUGAAUUCCAGGCACGGGAUGCAGUGGCAGCAAAGGAGUUGCUGGAGGAAGAGGUGAUGCUGCUGAGGCACACCAGAGGGGUGAUCAAAGAUGCGAUGUUGCAAGGGGGGGCCGAUGGUGAGGAAAGAAGGGCAAGCAGCAGAGCAGAGGACAUGGUACCAAGUGGUGGGAGUGCUAAGGUGGCGUCUUCUGACGGGCUCAAGAUGGAGGUGCCUGCUCGAGUGUGGGACAUUCUGGACCAGGUGGAGGAGACCAAGGCGAGGGGUAUGGCAGAGCGGGACGAGCUGACGCGCCUGCACUGGUUGACGGCCUGUGUGCGUGGCGAGCUGCACAAGGCCAGAUUCGCUGCUAUCCAAGCCGCUGCCUCCACCAACCCCACUGCCACCACCACCAAUGCCACCACCACCAUGGGCGCCGCUUCUGCCAGCUCCUCUCCUGCUCCUUCUCUGGUCCCUGCUGCAGGCCUCGCCAAGCCACUGGGCAAGGCUGUCUCCAAGAAGCUCUCCCUUGUGCUUGACUUGGAUCAGCAUGCUGCUGCUGCAGCACCAGCAGACCCUGCAGCUGACAGUGCUGCUUCAGCAGCCUCAGGCACGAGUGUGUCCGGCACCACGUUUUCCACCACGGCCAGCACGCCCCGCACGCCCCCCCACUCCACCACCGCCGCCAGUGCUUCUGCCUCCGCCUCAGCUGGCAGCAAGUUUGUACGCUGGUUCUCCCACCGCUCCUCCGACAGACCAGCAUAUAGCAGCGCCGCCACCAGCGCUGCUGCAUGGCCUGCUGGCUCCAUGGCUGCUUCAGCUGCAGUGGUAGCAGAAGAGGGAAGUGCCUCCCCUCAGGCACCUGAUCCAGUGCCUCGAGUGGCCACAGACGAGUCCGCGCCCAGCACUGCACUGCCCUCACUCCUGCCUGCCCAAUCAGCUCCUUCCACUCCUGCUCCUGCUCCUGCUCCUGCUCCUGCUGCCUCUGCUGCCACUGCUGCUACCACACCAUCUGGCAGCACUCCGCAACCCACCAAUGUGCGCUUCCCCCCUCGAUCUCACCUCGCAAUCCCAACCGCCCUUCCCCAACCGCUCCGCGUGCGCAGCUGGGUUCGCACGUCCGCCAUCCCCAACUACAAGCCGCCCUACGCCAGCGGGUGCGCGGCGGGCUUCUCAUGUGACACUGUCGGGCGGAACCCGGCCGGAUACGUGUGGGUCCCGGCGCCGCCUUGCUCGUACGACCGAUGGAGGUACGAUCAAUGGAUUACGAAUGCUUAUUUUUCCCCAUUUCUUCCUCCUCCGCCAUUCGUCGCCCCUCCCCUCCCCCCUUUCCACCCCAUACGAGACCCAUGUGUUGAUUUGAUUCUUGGCUCCCUUUCGUGCGGCGGCAGAUUCAACCCCAAGACGUUUCUCGAGACCAUGCGGAACAAGAUCGUUGCGUUUGUGGGUGAUUCGCUAAGCGACAACCUGCACGCGUCCGUCCACUGCAUCCUCUCCGCAUACACAAAAAUUGAGUUCAAGAAGUCGUGGCUAGGCGGCGCGAGGCCAGUGGGGUCGCUGCACGCGGCGCAGUACAACUUCACGCUGCUCUCCAUCAACAGCGGCUACAUCGUGCAGAGCCCGCGAUACGUGAGUCACCCGCCAUACGUGAGUUGCCCCCCAUUUGUGGCGAAUCCAUCUUCUCUUGAGCACGCCUCCCUCCCUGACGUUUCCUCUCGCCUCCCUCUCCACUUUUCCCCCUCCCUUCUUCCCUCCUCCGUUCUCUCCCCCCUCCCUACGUCCCCCCUCCAUUCUUCCCCCCCGUGCUUUCUUCUUCCGUGCUUCCCCCGUGGCUGCUUUCGCCUUACUGAUUCUCCCCUCCUGCUCACCUACAAGGAUCAGACGCAGCCAUACGUGGUGAACCCCAAGUGGGCGGGCAUUCUGCGCUACACGCACUCUAUCAUUUUCAGCGCCGGCCACUGGUUCUUCCACCCGGUAUGCCCCAUGCUCUCUGGUUCUUCCACCCGGUAUGCCCCAUGCUCUCUGGUUCUUCCACCCGCGCAGUGUGAUCCCACUGGUUCUCCCUUCGCAUCUCCUCCCACUCAUUCAUCCCAUCUACCUCGCCCCACUGUAUCCCAUCCCAUUGUUGAAUUACAUUCCACUCCAAUCAUGACUCACCAAUCCCAUCCAUCCCACUCUCUUCCCCUCAUACCCUUCUGCUCCUCAGCCAAGCUCUAA